AUGUCUGCCGCCGACGAAUCGUUAUACAUGGUGUCGCAGACAUCACUGCUAGAGAAGGAUGAUGAGCUAGACUCGCUGCCCUCUCUCUCCACCGACGAGAUCUACUCGGACGAAGAGGAUGAUGCGCAGGUAGAGUGGGAGCGCAGCCUAGACCAGGUGCAGAUGCUGCUCACCAUGGUGUUGGUGCCGUGGAUGGGCAAGUUUUUUGGUCGCAAAUUUGCUUACUGGAGCUGGGCUAAAUACAUGAACUGGGCACACGACGUCGAGGUCAAGUUUACGGACAAAAAGGCAUUCAACGUGGUCGGUGCGGUGGAAGCUGCUCGAUCUUUAUAG